UUCGAUGGCAGAUUGACUAAAUAAGAACGAACGAAUUUGCGCGCCAAAUAAUAUGGCGAUAUCAUAUUUGUGGACAAUAUUAUUAUGUGUGAUUUGUGCGCAGGCGUUACAUAGUUUUAAAGAGCUGUAUUGUCAAGAUCCUGACACAAAAAUGUUACAUGCAGUUAACACGACGUGGGCAGCGAAAUCGUUCUGUGGAAAUUAUACGUGCAAAUUAAGAAAGAAGAAUAGAACAAGUACAGAAUUAAUUACACCGCUUACAAAAAUUAACAUCACUAAUAUAAAUAUUAAUUUCGUUAAAGAUGACAUGUCACCUAGUGCUAGUGACAAAGUUAAAACUACAGCUGAACCUCCUAAACAUAGUCUGACACAUUUAUUGAGCAGGGAAAGAGUUAUACCCAAAAUAAAAGGUGAUGAAGAAAAACGCAGUGAUGAUUCCUCAAAGGAAAAUGAUGGUGACCGUUAUUUAACAGAAAGUGAAAUUAAAACAAUAACAGAUAUGCUACAUACAGUUAAAAAGAGUGAUUUAGAAGCGAUUGUUGAUAUUUAUAAUUUAGCACAAGAUAUAUAUAAAGAUAUAGAAAAGAAUCAAGAAGAAACAUUGUACCAGGAUACUAUGACACCAAUUCACGUUCACGGUUUCAAUGACAAUCAACAAGGGAUUACUAGUGAUAAGCAAAAAGUUUCAUAUUGGUAUGAACCUUUAAAUUUCCAUAAUAGUAAAGUGAAACCAGAAGUCAGUGUAAACGAACCGACAUCAACAAUAACAACAACAAUGCAGACUACAACAAUACAACCUACUAAAAUGAAAAUAGCUGAAAAUAAUAAGAUAGCUGAUAAUUCAUACUUCAAAGGGUCAUUAACAGACAAGGACUUUAGGAAGCUACCUUAUUAUUACCCUAUGUCGACUUUCCAAAGGGUUUCUUCGUAUACCCAUACUAUGAAACCGAAAUCUGGAAUGGAACCGGUAGCUAAUCCGGAAAUUAAAGCAUGCAAAAAACUGCCACCAUUGCAACCGCCUCCGACGACCAAUAAUUACGUUCUCCCAUCAUGGAUAAAUAAGUCAUUAAAGAAAUCUUAUUUUGCGGUAACACCACAAAAUGUAUUCGAACCAUCCCUCUUAUUACCCUUCCCCUUUGCAUAUGUGAAUAAUAAUAACCUAACUGCAUACCCUCCUAGUUACUACUACGAUAACUACAAUGGAUAUCCAUGGGCACAAUUAAAUAUUUACAAUAGGAAUAGAAACUUUCAUCAGUCUUAUUUAGGAACAGCUUACAUAGCCAGAGUUCCAGGUGAAUCUAUGUACGUCAAACCUAAUAUAAAUACAGAUUAUGAAGCACAACGAGGUACUAUUACUAGAGACGACAUCAUAGAUAUCAUAUCUAGUUUAAAAGAUAAAGAAAUGAAGAAAUUGCCUGACUGGCAAACGAAUCCAUUGCCAGAGAAAGUGAUAGAAGAAGUCAAAGGGAAUGCUGAGAAAUCAAAGAUUUUAAAGCCUUUAAGAAAGAAAGUAAGAAUAGAAAGGAUAGGGAAGUUAAUAAAAUUAGAUGAAUCAUCAAGAUCUAAGAGAAGUAUUGAUAAUGAAGAUCCUUUUGAUGGAAUUGAUGAAUAUGAAACUUAUAUAACUACGACAACGUGUCAACCGAGCACAGAAAUAGGAUUCUUCCGUAGAGGGAACAUGAGUAGAUUGUUCCCGGAAUGUUGCCCGGAGAGAAUACAGAGCUGACCACAGAUAUAGACAACACGGAACGCUUAUUGGACAUUUUGAAAUUCGAAUACGUUUUUAAAUUCAAAUUAAAAAAAAAAUAUAGAACCAAUUCAAUUUUUAAAAAUCGAACACAGAAGUUAAUAAUUCAAUUUGUAUUCUAAAUUUGAAAAUAGAAGCCGAUAAAUAUUAACCAAACGUU